AUGCCAACACAAGGCCGGGCACCGAGUCCUGCUCCAAGUUCAGGUCAAGCAGGCCCUGGAGCACCACCAUCAAGUCCCCCACGCCCUCUCAACCCACGGGCUGAGUUGACAGAAGAGCAAGCCCGAGCGAUCAUGGUGAACGACGAUGACUUCGGGGCUAUUCCUAUUGAAUACCGUCGGAAUUCUCCCCAUAUUCUGCACAGCAAUGACUUCCAUGCGCGGCCAGCAUUCAUUCCAAACACAAUGCCAGUAUUAUCACCAUCCUUUCCCCCUCUAGACGUGCAUCCGGGCUUCAUGUCACCACACGCGAUCCCUGGGUCCAGAUAUGGUCAUCCUCAACCACAGCAACCACCAACAGGCCCAUCACAAAGCCAUGAACCCUCACGUGGUUGCAAUGCCCACAACAAUAUGAAUGUGAAUAGCAAUACCACACAUACAUCGCGGUCGCCUGGGGCUUCUCAUUCUCUCCUGCCAGCCUUCGGGACAUCUGCUCGUUCUAACCCUCUCGGCCUUACCACCGCCCUUGCUUCUCAUGCUCCCAUAUCCCCUUCAUACACACGUGGACGCACACAAGGUGUUGAACCUGGCUCUACUCCAGGCCAACGAGUCGGACGCAUCUGUAGCCCAGGUGCGAGCUUGGUCGACAAUCAGCAUCCUCAGGGUUCAAAUUCUCGCCCUGUUCAACGAGCGGCAGGAGCCGGUGUUGGUCGAGCAAACACUCACCCUACUUCUCCUAUUGCUCCUCAAGAGGAAAUUCGCGGCGACCGGACCCUGCCGCUGGAUGUCGGCCCAAGAUUCUGUCGUGUUCAACAGCAGUCGUCCACAGGAACCGCCGACAAUCAACAACUUCCCGCGGAAAAUCGGCCAUUAGCACCGCAUGCUGAUGUAGUUCGAGAUAAAGAUACUGAUGCCGACGCUGAUGGUGAUGGCUCUUAUGGAGUGUGUUUUGAUUGUGAUGGCAAACCCGGUGCAUAUUGA